CCAAUCCCCCAAGGGUUCCUCUCCUCUCCUCCAGCAGAACAACAAUUUCCUCUCACACCUCCCCCUCUCUCCCUACCUCUCUCUGCUACCACGCCAUCCUUCUUCGCAGCCAUGUACCGCUCGAUGUGGGCCCACCCGACGCCUCCGGCCAGGCCUCAGCGGUGCCAAGAGACUUGGGCUCGACUCCUCACUCCUCUGACCCUCUGGAUAUGUGUUUCGGUGAGUCUCCGAUACGGGUACUAUGGCGACCGCCGGAUGGAACUUGGGCCGAGCUCGUCGCGAUUGAUGAAGGCUAGUGCCGUGUUUGUCAAACAUGUUGAAGUGAGAGACGUUGACAGGAAAGGGGUUUCUCUCUACGCUUUCUCGGAGGAGCCUAAAUUGAACCCCCAAUCAAAUUGGAGCGUGCACGAUUACUUGAUUCUUGGAUCAUACAAUCGCAAGGGAUUUUCCUUCUGGUUGAACAAGGGUUCAAGUUUGUCCAUGAAAUUGGAAGCUCAUGCUACUAUCUUAAAUCAACUACAAGUUGUUAUGCUUAAAGGGGAACAAAACGUCGAAAUAUUGCAGCCGGAACAAACAAGUUCUCAGGACAGCCUCGCCCUCAAUGAACCCAAAAUCGGUAAAGAAGCUGAGUACAAUAUUGAGGAAGAUGACAAGUACUACCUUGAAUUCAUAAACACAGAUCCCAGGAGCCUAAUUGCAUUAGUGAAUGUAAGUGUUUCAUCAACGAUGUAUGAUGUUACGAAAGCUAAGGACGUCUGUUCAACAACGAAGGGGUCUUGCCGGCUCAGCCUCGUAUUCCCCAAUACUCACUAUGUCAUACUAACAACACCUAACAAUGGAGAUCUUGGUGAAUGGUACAUCGAGCUUUCAUUUGUGGCUCGCGUAGUAACCUACAUUGCGAUUUUAGGGUUUAUUGUGGUGGUUAUUUUUCUGAUACUGAAAUACCUUGGAGCCUGUGAUGGUGAGGAUCGUACUUUAGUUGAAACAGCAGUGGAAGAAGUUAACGAGACUUACCCUAUAGUGCCGCAGAAGACGAUUCUUCGACAGACAUACGGGACAAAUGAAGAAGAUGAAGAUUCAGGAGCUUCUAGUAGCUCCUCGGAGGAAUUAUACGACGAAAAAUUAUGCGUAAUCUGUUACGACGAGCAGCGCAAUUCCUUCUUCGUUCCUUGUGGUCAUUGUGCCACUUGCUAUGACUGUGCUCAAAGGAUCAUGGACGGGGAGAAUAAGGUGUGUCCAAUGUGCAGAAGGCUGAUUCACAAAGUGAGAAAAUUGUUCAACCCCUGAAGCCAAGGUCUGUGAAGUUUUGUGAUUAGUGUGAUUGAGAGGAUCUUAUUUUUUGGGUGUGGAAAGAGAAUAGUUGUAUAUGUACAGAAUGAGUGCCAUUAAACUCUAACUUAUAUGCAAAAAUCCACUGCCUUACUGUUCAAUAAACACACGGAGAUUUUCUUUUUCGGAUCAAACCGCGUGGAAGAGAGCGAUUCGGGUGCAGUUUAUUUACCAGCAAACACUGGAGCAUGGAGAAGAAGCUGUCUAGUGAACUCGAAUGGUGAUUGCCUCAUGUUUUUGAAAAUUUCAAUCACUUGCAGAGUUGUGUAUAAAUUCUUCUGUCUUCCUUGAGAAGAAAGAACCCCCAAUGAGGGUGCAAUAAUGAAGAUUAAUUUUAUGGGAAA